UUGCUUUGUUUCUGCAUUCGGAAUUAAAGAAUUUUUUCCUCCCUACUGUGUUCGUUUUCCCAGAAAAUCAAAGCAAAAAGAAUUUCCUGCCCGAUUCUCUGCCAUUAUCGCCCCUCCCUUGUUUGGGUUUUUGCUGGAAAAUGAAAUUUUGUUGGAAUUGAAGUGAACUGGAGAGAAAGAACCUGGUGAACGAAAAUGGCUUCUCUUGAAAUUGUGAAAAUUUGGGUGUCCCCUGUUUCAGUUUCCCGCCACGAUUCGCUGUUGAAAUUAGAGCCCAGGAAAAGGGUUUUCAGAUUCUCCAAUUCUAGGAGGAAUCAUCGUCUCCGAAGAGGUCUUAGGGUUUGUUCGUCUGCUCAAGAGAACGGUGAUAAUCAAGCAAAAGGUGAAGAACCUCCGGAAUCUUUGUUCAUGAAAGAAUUGAAGAGGCGAGGCAUGACUCCUACUUCGUUGCUCGAGGGCUAUGAAGUUGACGAGGAAGUAAAAGUCGGAACAGAAGCUGGUGAUAGCUCCAAGAGCAAUGCAGCUCCUUCCGCAUUUGACCAAAGCUUAUCGAAUCAGAGGGAACGGUCAAUGGCCCUGAACAGUGAAGGGCUCGAGGGUUUAAUCCCUCGGGGCAAGCUUUUACUGACGAUCGGAGGAACUUUCUUCUUGGGGUUUUGGCCAUUGAUAAUUGUAACUGUGGGACUUUUCUCCGCCCUCUAUCUUUACUUUGGAGCAGAUUUCGUCCACGACGCAAGCAGAACUCCGAUCUCGCCCCCUCAGUACAUCGACCCGUACACACUUCUGGAGGACAAAAGAAUAUCGGACACCGCCCCUCUUAUAAAUUAGCCGACAUAUCUCUGUCUUUCCCCUACAGAUUAGUAGUAUAGAUAUAACACUAGUAUGUUAUAUGACCACUCUUUUUGUUGAUUCUUUAUCAAUGUAUAUUCCAAACGCUCGAAAACAUGUUCGGCAUAUUCCCGCAACUUGAAAAGGUUCGGCAAACA